AAAACAAGAAGAAAUGAGCCACCAAAUUCUUCUAAGUAUGGAUGAAGGGUUAAUAUAUACAGCUUAGCAUCAGAAACACUCUUUAGCUUGUGAUGGGUUUCACAGGGAGCUCUCCUCAUGGAACCCUUCAGAAGUUGUUUUGUACUUAAUGACUUCAAAAGAUUUGUGAUAUCACCGAUAUGCCUGUAUCCCCUUCACCAGGACACCCGCUGUAAGAAUUUAAAAUUAAGGUUUUAUGAUAAACAGGAUAAUUCUAAAGUAAUAUUGUGGUCACCGAUUAAAAAAAUGAACUCAAGUCCCGAGGCUGUUAGCCUCUCCUAACAAUUUAGUUUAAUAGAGAUAAAGAGAAAUGAAGGAAGUAGAAGGAAUUGCCCAGCCAGCUGCCCUGGCAUUUCUGUCCGAAGAAGUUCAGCUCACAGCCUGGCUGAGGCUCCCUCCAGUCUCCACAUGGAGUCGUGGCUCUCUUAAGCCAGGAUUCCUGGAGAGUUUGAUUCACUCUUCACACCUCCCACAUCUUGGACUGUCUGGUGACUCGUCACGGUUUAAAAAGCAGAGAGCGGAGCGCUUGCUCGGCACACCUGAACGUCUCAGCUCUGCUGGAUUCCUUCCGGAAGGGAGGUGGAAUGUCCCCAGAGCUGAGUCCUUCCUGCACUCGAACCCCGGAGCAGAUGGAUGAGACACUCCACAAGGGACGAUCUCUCCCAGACCCGAUUUUGUGGUGCUUUAAAAUGGACUUAGUACGGGAUGGUCCAACUUGCUUCGCGUUUGUCUUAUGUGCACCUGCCGUGAGUGGCUUGUGGCCAGGGAGCGUUCCCGGUGCCUGGGCUGUGCCUAUGGAGUAGGCGCUGGAUCAAAGCUGGUUAAAGUGAAUCAAUCGAUGACUUACCCAUUCAGAGGAUUCUCAGUCUCUCUCCACCAACCCCUGAGCCCUUCUCGUUUCCUCAUUGCUUUUGCCCCCAGCAGAUCGUGGUGAUGCGCCUGACAGGCCCACGCUGCCUGGCCCCAGCCUUCCUCACUAGAAAGCCAGCUGGCCUGGUGCCAGGCUGAGGGCCCACCCUGGGGGUCAUCGCCUCUCUUGGGACCUCAGCAGAGGGCACUGGAGAGUCCACCAGAUGUGCAACAUGAACCUUUCUGUGGCCAUCCAGCCUCCUCAUCCACACAAUGGUCCUAUCUGGUGGUUAAAAGGAACAAAGGCCGAUAAUGUAGAUAAAAAAGGGUUUACCUGCCCUACCAGGGUCUGGGCAGCAGGAGAGGCUCCAGAAAGUCCCUCUUCCCGUCCCCUCCCUCCACAUCCCUUCUUUUCUCCCCUUAGUCCCUCACCCCAGGGUUUUGGUGUCAGGGAUCCUAGGAAAAGAGGUUUCGGCCAUGGGGCCUGUCUGGUCUCUCCUUUCCUUUUUCCUUUCAACUGCUACCUCCCGACCAACUGAGUAUCAGCAAAACAAGGUUCCAAGGUAACUCCAGGGGACUCAUGAUUUAAAAAACCACCAUCUUGGGGGCAGCUGGGUAGCUCAGUGGCUGGAGAGUCAGGCCUAGAGACAGGAGGUCCUGGGUUCAAGUCUGGCCUCAAACACUUCCCAGCUGUGUGACCCUGGGCAAGUCACUUAACCCCCCUUGCCUAGCCCUUACCACUCUUCUGCCUUGGAGCCAAUACACAGUAGUGAUUCCAAGACAGAAGAUGAGGGUUUAAAAUAAAACCCGCCAUUGGCAGCCAUAGAAGGAAUUGCUGGAAUCUGAUUGCAGAUCAAAGCCCCCCACCUCACUGAUUUCCUCCGUGAGUUUUUUUAUUGUUAGUCAGGACACGGGGAAUGGGGAGAUCUGUAGGCAUGAAAGCAGGGCCUAACCAGAUCAGACUAUUUACUGCCUGGGGAGGGAGAGAAGCCGAAACCCAAAAUAUCAGAAAACUUGUCAGAAAUGGUUUCUAGUCAUUGAAAAAAAAAUCCAUUUAAAAAAUGAAGGAAAACCCCCCUUUUCUCUGCCUCAACUCUUGCCCAGGGUGAAAUGCCUGAGGCCAAAUUUGAACUCAGAUCCUCCUGUCGCCUAGCUGCUCCUUGCCUAGGAGGAGUUUCCACAAAAAGUCCCGCCUGGCCAGGUCUGUGAGAGUGGCAGAUCCAGUGCCUUUGUGCUCCCCAGAAGGCUGAGGCGGUGGCGGCUCCUCUGCCCAGUCUCCAGCCCCUUUCCUUAGCUUCCAGCCAGGAGCUUCAGUGAUCUGUAAAGUAUUCAGGUUGGCAGACCACAGGGAAGGCUGUUGGCUUUUCUGCUUCAUUUGGGGUUUCUCCCAGCUGGAGGACAGAGUGUUUUGGGGUGCUUGAUAAGAUCAGAAUUAGGGGGAGCCCCGGAUCUUCAAAAUGGGCUCCCCAAGACCUGGGUUUGAAGCCUGGCUCAGCUACUGGCCAUCACGGUGACCCUGGGCAAGUCCUUUCCCUUCCCUUCUCCCAGACUCAGUUUCCUCUACUGUCCAAUGAGGGGCUCUUUCCCAAAGCAAUCCUCCCGCGGGUCUGGU